AUGCCUUCUGAUAUGCCCCGCUGCCGUAAUUAUGACGAACAAGGCGGGCCCAUUCGUAGAGGCUGUAUUAAAAAAGAUACUUGCAGGUUUAUCCAUCCUGAUGAUCCCGCCUGGGAGAGAGCACCUAUCUCAAAAUCUUCUCGCAAUUCUUUUCCGCCACACAGUGCACGACGAGAUUCAUGGGGUGCACCUCCACCAGUGCCGAAAUCCCGAGUUGAUCCUCUUGAUUCUUCAGUAUGGGGUCGUACAACGGCAGACAGUUCUUCUGGUUCGGGAUGGGGAGGAUUCGGGAAAGGUGACAGUGGCGCCGGAAAAGCAGAUUCGUCCCGGUCAAGUGGCGGUAAUGACAAAGAUAAAGGAGCAACAGAUACUUCGUCGUGGAGUGCUCCUUCUACUGGGAAUAGCUGGAGUUCUAUCGCUGACGGAGAGGGUGGCGGAUGGGGUGGAACUGGAUGGGGUGGAACUGGAGGCGGAUGGGGUGGAACUGGAGGCGGAUGGGGUGGAACUGGAGGUGGAUGGGGUGGGGAUGGGGGUGGGUGGGGUGCUUCAUCUUCCAGUGAUCUGUCGUCAGCAAAGAAGAACGCAGACGACAAGGAGGAUAGCGGGUGGGGUGGUGGUGGAUGGGGUGCCUCGUCCUCCAAGGAUCAAUCAUCUACGAAGAACACAGACAACAAGAAGGAUAAUGGAUGGGGUUGGGGUGGAUGGGGUGCUUCGUCUUCCAAUGACCAAUCAACUACGAAGAAUGCAGACAACAAGAAGGAUAAGGCUGACGCGCCAAAAAGUGGCUGGGCCGUAUCCAGCAGCCUACAAACUUCAUCAGCGGGGAGCUCAAGAACAUUGUUCAACGACUAUGCUCAAAACAAACAAACUACGCGCGGAUCGGGUGCCGCUGCUAGCGUGAAGGACGUCGAAAUGGCAGAACCCAUCAGUAAUCGUGCUUCGGAGAAACGAACCGAAGUUGAUCCACGACGACGACCCAGCGUCCCGGCUGCACCUGCAUUAGUGCCACUUGCCAAACCUCCCCUACCAUCCAAGGCAAAACCGAUGGUUUCAAACUCUUCAGAUAAAUCCUCUGUUCAGCAUAAAUCGCAGGUCUCGCGACGGUUCAGUAGUUCCGAAGGUCGUGCCAAUCUCUAUGAAAGGGUCAUCAAAGCCACUCAAACUGUUGCCAUACUCCAGAUGCAGUUGUCACGUGCAGUGGCCGAUGAUGAUAGAUGGAAGCGCACGCAAAAUUCAGCCAUAUAUUCCCGCGCAACACCUGCCACACGAGUCAAGCUUGAUCACCAGCGUAGUAUCUACGCGCACAAAGUUCAAGAUCUCAAGAAACGUCAGAGCCGCGCUUUUCAGCAUCUUAUGGAGUUACCUGAGUUUCCCAUGAAGACUUCGCAUCACCGCGAUGUGGGGCUCGAUAAAAGGAAGGUUGCAGAGUAUACAAUGGAGCUUCGUGACUGGUUCCAGAGCCUUCAGCUCGACAAGCGGCUUGUACUUGCACGAGCCGAGGCAAACCAGGAGUCUGACAAAACGCCACCGACGCCGGGCCAACAGGCUGAUCGAAUUCGGAAGACAGCAGGGGACCUUCGUGCAAGUGGAUCUUGGUCUUGGAAAGACCUGAAAGAUGUUUUGGGAGAGCUAGAGAGUCAGGCCAACGUCGUGUCUGAGGAUGUCUACUCUGGGGCAUACACGCGGGAUUUGGGUACGCGCCUGGCAGGAUUUCGAAGCGACUUGGAGAAAUCACGAAACGCCCAACAUCGGAAAAAACUCGAGCAAGUCUCUUCCCGGUCGAAAUCAAUUGGUGUUCUUCUUGAGAAAGAAGUCGAGAAGGCAAACGGACUAUACGAGCAGAUUAAUUCAAACAAGAAUGAGCUUGAUUCUUUGUUGGCAGAGACAGAGAAAAUGAAUCAACUUUGCGACCAGAUGGAAUCUCAGCUCAAGGAUUUCGAAACCUGGCACCAGGAAGAUUCGGCUCGUAUCAAGGAACUGACGGAGCAACUUCAAACACUGCACAAGUACCGCAAGGCCAAACCGAAGCCAGCCCCCUUGAAAGUUGAAGAUAUACUGCCCAAGCUGCAUCCAUUAAUACAAGAUAUGGUACAAAAGGAAAUCAUUCCAGUCUUGGAGUCAAUCUAUCGGUCUUGUUCGACCAACAACUUAAAGCUGAAGGCAGAGAUUGCCAAGCUUCUGGAACCGAUUGAGGCUUCAGUGGACGAUGUUCGGUCCCGGGUCAAAGUGGUGGAAGCAGUGGCGGCCCCACAAUCACCUCAAUAG